AUGACUGGGAGUGUUGCCGCAUUGGUGUUCACUGGUCUCGCCGUUGGACAGAUGGCGCUUUGGGCUAUCAAGAAACAUAAGAACUAUAAGAAAGACUUUGGGAAGGAGUACCCUCGCGGGAGAAAGGCCAUGUUCCCAUUCGUUCUGUGA